UCUUCGCUCGCUUAUCAACACUCGCAGUCGAAUGCAGCGACGCAACGAAGGCGGCAGCAGCGCAAGCAGCGAAUAGAGGACAGCAACAAGCCCGACCAGGCCAGUGAAUGCGUUGCGCGCGUCGUAGUAAUAACUUGUUUCGUGGGCAGGGCGUAACUCGCUGCGUCCCCAGUGUGUAACGGUACACCCCGAAUUCAAAAUAACAAUCAUAGCAACAGCAGCCGAAGCAGCAACGCAAUUAAGAAUAACAAUAGCCAAACGAAAUCUAAUCUUGCGACGCAAUUUUCAUUUCGAUAGUGCGUGAAGCAAGCUGGCUAAUCCGUCAAACGCGAAACGGAAAGGGUCCCUCACUAUUGUAUUUUCUCAAUAUUUUGUUUUGCCAAGUUGGCCAACGAGUAGCCAAUUAAUUGCUGCUCACCUGUGGCUAAUGGAAAUAUGAGUGCAAUGAGAAAUCAGAAAACAAAGGCAACAAUAACAACAAUAGCAGCAACAAAAGCAACUGCAGCGAAUUUGUAACAAGUCAUACGGAAAACCAGCUUGCCAUAUGAAAUAAAGAAACAAUAAUAAUAAUAUAAACACGAGCAGCAACAACAGCAGCGAUCAGCAGUAAGAACGGAAUAGCGACAAAACAAAGAAGCAAGUGGGUAACAAAGAACGCAAACACAGCCAGUAAAGACUGGAACAUAAGAAACAAGAACAACAACAACAACGAACGAAAUCAGUAAGAAAAUCAGAUUUCGACUACAACAGAGCUGUCUUUGGCCUGGGCUUAGGCAUAGUGUGUCGGCGCGGCGAAUUGGAAUGCACAACAAUCAGCACAAUAGCAAGAACACUAAUAAUAACAAGCUUUUAAUAUUUUUGACUACGUAUUUUGUGCGCAUUCAGCGUAAAUAGCGACAAAUUAUUAAUAAAGACGCCAAAUGUUUGGCAGGCGCUUUGAGAAGUGCAUGUCCCAGCAAGAGCGCAUACACACAGAGCACCAUCAGCAGCGAGUGCAAGCGAAAAAUAACAAACGCGAGAGUAACGUUGAGUGAGAACGGCCGCGAGUGCAAUCAGUGUGAGUGCGAGUGCGAGUGAGAGUGCGCGUGUUUCGUUUCCGAAUUGUUGCGAUCAGCUGUGCUGCUUACGCGUUGCUCGGUGCGCUUCGCAUUACAUCUCAACAUUUUUCAAGUGCACACCAACAACAGUAGCCGCGUAUUAGAGCUCUUACGCGCUCUUCUUAACGCCGGCAUAUGCUCACCGCACAGGUGGACGCAACUUCCGUGGCCGUGUCAUUGUGUUAUCAGUCAAUGGCACUGAGAGAACGACGUUGCAGUUGAUCAACACAAACAAUAACAAUAACAACAGCGCAACUUUCAAAGCUUUCAACGCCCGCACAGUGAAGCCUGCACAUCAAAUAUUCAAGCACACACCAUGUCGCAAGCCACGCUGCAGCACGAUGUGGCGCUGCCAACGCUGCCUGCCUCAGAAGAUCUCACAGUACAAACGACAAACAAAUCAAAGUCCAAUACCUUAAACUCGCUGCGCAAUGGCAAUGGCAAUGGCAAUGGCAACGCCACGAACUACUCCAGUCCCGGGCCCGAGAAGCUGACGGUGCUGGACAUGACACUGGACUCGUUGGGCCUGCGCAAUCUCACGUCCAAGGAUAUGGGCACACUGAUAAUGCUGGGCUCCAUGUUUCUGCUAUUUGUGAUAAGCGUGACCGGGUUCUUUGUAAUGUGGUUCACCGACUACUACAACAACAGAAUGCUCGAGAAUUUAAUACUCGCUGAGAACUCAGAUACAGCGAACAGUUGGCUCUCGCCGGAUGUCAAAUAUGAUACGCUGCUCAAGGCGCACAUCUUCAACUAUACGAAUAUUGAGGACUAUCUGGCCGGACGAGCGGACAAGAUGCACGUCGAGGAUCUGGGCCCGCUCACCUACCAGGAGCACACAAUCAAGGAUCAGGUGUCCUUCAAUAAGAAUCACACGGUUACCUUUCGUGACAAAAAGUCGUAUAUAUUUCUGCCGGAGAAGUCGACAGUGCGGGAGGACGAUGUGAUCCUGGUGCCCAAUGUGCCGCUGCUGUCGGCGGCGGUGCACGUGAAGCGGAUGGCCGCACUUAAGCGCCUCCUGGUGACCAGCACCAUCAAGAUAUUUGAGGAGCCGCUGUUCAAGCGACUGACUGCCUACGAGUAUCUGUGGGGCUAUCGGGACAAGAUCAUCAGCCUGGAAUCUCUGGGAGGCGGCAAGACGCACUUUGGCCUGCUGAGAACUCGCAACGGGACGAGCGUGGACUCGGUGCAGCUGAACACCGGCGAGGACGACAUCUCCAAGUUUAGCAUCAUUACCCAGUUCAAUGGGAAGCCACAGCUGGAUUUCUGGCAGGGCGACGAGUGCAAUCGCAUCGAUGGCAGCGAGCCAUCCAUGUUCUCACCCACCAUGCUGCAGACCCGCAGCACGGUCAAUGUCUUCCUGCAGGUGCUCUGCCGCAAGGUGCCGCUGCGCUUCGAGAAGGAGGAGACCAUCUACAAUAACAUCGAUGUGCUGCGCUAUCGCACGCCCCUCGACGUCUUUGCCCAUCCUUCCGAGAACCCGGCCAAUGAAUGUUAUUGCCGCAAUACCGAUCUCUGCCUGCCCAGCGGCGUGAUCAAUGCCACCCGUUGCUACGAUGAUUCACCAAUUUUCCCAUCCUUUCCGCACUUCUUCUCCGGCGAUCCGGUGCUGUACAAGGACUUUGAAGGCAUCAAGCCUGAUGCAGAGCUGCAUCAGACCUAUGCCGACAUACAUCCGCGCUUUGGCUUUCCCAUCAGCGGCGCCUCCCGCAUCCAAAUCAACAUCAUGCUGGACAAGACGCCACUGCUGCGCAAUCAAGCUUGGCGACUGCAGAAUGCCACCAUCUUGCCCCUGAUCUGGAUUGAAAUAACCGCUGGCGACUUCAAUGACGAUGUCCUGCAGUCGCUCUAUGUGAGCACCUUUGGCCUGGAUGCCAUCCAGCUGGCGUUCAAGUACGGCACCCUGCUGAUCUCCGUAACCAGCUUCAGUCUGAUCGUCGCUAGCGUCUACUACCUGAACAGCAAGCGGGAGGAGCAGCAGCAGCUGGAGAAGAGCAAAUCCUCUGCAGAGCUGGAGGCCCUUGCUGGUCCAAGUGCUGGCAAUGAUGGCAUUGUCGUUGUCCAGGUCCUGCCACAUGGCGUCAGCCUGGCGCAUCGCGCCAAUUCGUAGUGCCAUUAGCAAUUAGAUAGGGGAGGGACUUAUGGGCGGGGCAGCACAAAUGGGUUUUGUGCAUGGGUGAGAAAGAGCCUUCUUGCGUUGUGUGCCUUAUAAAUCAAGAGAUUUUCGAAUUUGUCACGACUUAGGUUACGAUAUUAUUAGACUAGAACAAACAGAUGUAGUUAACAAAUUGUAUAUAUGUAUCAUAUGUAUAAAGAAAUGAAACAAAUGUUCAAUAAAUGUAAGUAUAC